GACACCGCCUGCCGCAAGCUUGCAUGUGAGGAGGCUUCCUCUUCCGAGCGCCCGGCGCAAACAUGAAGAUCAAGAAACAGGCCACCUCGCGACAUGAGUCGACUCUGUCGUCCAUGAUCGCGGAUUUCGUCAAGGCGACUGAGUCAAUACCGCUCUACCAGCUGCCUGCACACCUGGCCUCGUUCCCCAAGCAUUGGCCCUUCCCCCGCGGCGAUGCAUACCACUGGAUCCCCGCACUGGACCGCUUCGACCACAUCCUCGACCUCUUCAACAAGGAAUAUGGCCUUGUUGAUGGCCCCCAGACACAGCCGUUCCAGCGCCGGCUCUUGCUCAAGGGCGACGCUGACCAAGGCAGCACUGCCUCCGACCAGACUACCACGGAAGCUGUUCUCGAUACCCUGCACCUCUCGCAGGAUGGCGACCGUGAGCUGAUCGAGCAAAUACUCAAUUUCACCCGCAUGCUGCUGGAAAACUGCGGCAAUCGCAGCCUGUAUUCGAGUAGCGAGCGUCUCGACAAGCUGCUCAACACGACAAGCACCUCUCUCCUUAAGGCGACGCUUCGCCUCGGCCAUCGCCUGGCCCAACGCUAUGCUGCUGCCCGUAUGCGCCACGCACCUGCCACGCUGCACCCGUCUGCCCUCUCCAGCCACUACAAUAUCAACUUGGACAAAGUUCAGAAGCUAUCAAGUCCCUUUGCAAAGGGCCCCACUGCGCCAGCCCCCGUCUUUGGUACGCCGGCGGGCAGAGGGAAAGACCGCGCGGGCGGCGCUGAUAGGGUCAGCCCGUCCGACCUGGUUGGCAUGUACUCUUUGUCGGAUGCGGCGAUGAAGCAAGAAUUUGGUGGUGUGCUCAUCUCGUACUAUGAGCCGGCGCCCGCGACCGAAGAAGGCAGCAGCAAGCCGGCGACCACUGAGACGCCUGCAUCUGCCCCCACGACGCCAACACCAGUACGAAGAACGUCAAGUAUGGGCCCGAACCGGACUCCACGACAGCCUCAACCUGUAGCUCCUGCUGAAUCACCAAAUACCCCAGUCUUCACCCCAGGGCAGCCCAGUAGUAAAACAAAUGGACCCAAGACAUUUGAGUUCUCAGUCGACAAGGUUGCCAAAGGCGAUAUACACGACCUCAUCAAAGAAGGGCUUGAGAGUCUGCCCGAAAGUGUGCACUAUGAAUUUCUACACAAAUUGCGGAUUGCCAAGUUGUUCAACAAUGGUGCUGCCGGACGUGAUGACGCAGUCGCUAUCCGCCUCUUGUCCAUUGCCAACAUAGGCUACGUGCACAUCGAGAAGGAAUUCAUGGCCAAGUUGGGCCAGCAGGAUGCAGACGAGCCACGCAGGCUACAACUGGCACACCAGCUCUCCGAACUAGUCCACCCACCGAGCAAUGGCCAGGGCGGCCUCUCGCUCGAGCUUCAAACCUUCACCAUGAAUGCUCUUGAGGCUCUUGCCAAACACAAGUCGAAAGCUGCUGAUAUAUGCGCUGCCCUCAACGUUAAUGUCAACCACGGUGUACUGUUCUAUGUCGUUCGCAAGCUAGUCGCAGGACUUGGCGAGGAGACUGGUGACCCCGACGAUCUGGAGGAGGAUGCGUGGCGCGAUGCCCUCUUUUCUCUUUUGAAUACUCUACCCACCUCUCAAACACGCACUGGUGAGCAGAUGGUAGCUGCAGGACUCUUGGAAAUUCUCGUCGAUGUUCUCAAGCUUCGUACAGCAAAGGCUGAGCGUAACCACCCCAAGAUUCUAAACUUCCUUGACACAUUUGUGUACAAUUUGCGCGACGCCUUCUCUGCUCUUGUGGCUGCAAAGGGACUAGAAAUUAUUGCUGACCUCAUGCAAUACGAAGUCGACGUCUCCAAGAAGCUUGCUGAGGAAGACAAGGGCAUGCCCAAGGAGUACAAGACACAGCUUACUGAUUAUCAAAUUCCCUUCUAUCAUCAACAGAGUCUACGCUGGUUGUUCAAGUUCCUUAACCACAUGAUGACGCACACAGGCGGAAACUUCGACCGCUUGAUGCGGAAUUUGAUUGACUCACCGCAGCUGCUGAGUAGCCUACGCACUGUGCUGUCGAAUGCAAAGAUUUUCGGCUCAACGGUUUGGAGCAUGGCUGUUACCAUUCUCGCUAAUUUCAUUCACAACGAGCCCACCAGUUACCAGGUCAUAGCCGAAGCAGGUCUCAGUGAGGCGUUUCUGGAGACUGUGGCUGGAGAGCCCGCUUCGGAAUCAACAGCUGCAGCAAAUGCCAAUGAAAAUGCUGCAACGUCGACAUCUCGCCCUCCGCAGGAAGCUGAAAAGCCACUUGCGAAGGGUAUCUUGCCUGUUGCUGAAGCCAUAUCGACUCUUCCACAAGCCUUUGACGCUAUUUGCCUGGCGGAAGCUGGUAUGAAACUCUUUCAAUCUUCGACUGCUCUUGAGCGCUUCUUCGAGAUCUUUGAAAGUCCUGCCCACGUCAAGGCACUCGAUGCCGACGCAGAGAUGCCUACUAUGAUUGGUAACUCUUUCGAUGAGCUCGUGCGUCAUCAUCCGCCACUGAAAGGUCGAGUCCUUUCGUGUCUCAGCGAGUUGAUUGCUCGUGUUGUCCAACUGUGCGCCAGCAAAGCCGAGAAAGAGGGCGUAGGGGCUAAACUAUGGACCGAAGAUGCCAACGGGAAGCUUCUUGUAGCCGGCGGCCGCCAAGCUCUAUCUGGCUCAGGACCGCAGAGAACCUCUGGGUCGACUGGUACCGAUGUCGAGAUGAAGGAUGCCGACGAAACACCUAAUGAAUACAUUCGCGUGCUUUGCAGGUUUCUGUCUGGCUUCUUCUCGAACCAUGCCAUGUGCGCUGCUUAUAUCGAACUUGACGGCGUCGAUUCCAUUCUUGACAUCUCUAACCUUGCUUGUCUAGACCCGAAGUCGAGUGAAAACCGCAGUAUGUGUGAGCAGUUUGGCCACGUUGUACAGGUUCUCGUCGAACAGAAGCCGCACAUUGCUGUUCCCUCCCUGAUCAGGCGCACACAACAGGCCCUGGAACGUUUACAGCCUCUUCUUGAUCACACCGGCAAGCAAGCAUUCUUUGUGCCAUUCACGAGUUCAAGCAAUUCCCCGGAUAAUGAGCACCUGCAACGAGGCACCCAGUACGUCAAAGCACUGGUGUCCGCGCAUACCCUUGUCGGCGCCAUGACUCUGACUUUCCAGAGCCAGAUGUACAGUACGCGUUCGGCCCACAAUGUGUCAAGUCAGGUCAACCUUGCCGAUAUGUACGCACGCUUAGUUGAUAGUCUUGGAAAGCUUCAUCGUAGCUGUGUUUGGGAGGAGCUUCUCCUUCAACGCAAUAUGCCUACCGAGUGGGAGAAAGAAACUCGUGUCGCUAGCUCUGGCUUCGGUAACGAUGAAGCUGACCAUGUUUUCCGCAUCGGUAACAGCGCAACUGAAUCGCCUAGUAAUGCAGAGACUGCCCCUGCCACUGCUGGAGCUACUGCCGAGAAUCCUACCUUGAGCCACAACAGUGCACGAUUCAAGAAUACGCAAACUCUCCGAAACUUACUUAGCAAGAUACCCACAGAAAUUGCGCCUUUCUUCCAAUCGCUAGGCAAACUUCUCUUGUUCCGCCGCAGUCUGGAGGCAUACCAGAGACAAUGUGCCACAGUCGUCGCAGACCAACUUGCUCAAGCAGUCAUCGAUCAGCUUGAGUACGAGGGCCCAAAGGAAUCAGACAACAUUGAAGAUCGCUAUGCAUACUGGAUUGUCAUACUCACAUCACUAUCGCAACUCAUCAUCGAGCCGAAUCUAGACCGACCGCAAGCGUUGACUUUGCUGCUCGUGUCGUUCCGCAAUCUUGGCGGAUUCGAUGUUCUGGCCAACAUUCUCAACCAGUUCUACGAAUCAGCACUUGAAAUUACGCAAAAGCAGAGCGAAGAUACUAGUGAGGAGAUGAAGCGUUUGCUCAAUCUUUCGCUUGGUGGUAUCAAGAUCAUUCUUGCCUUUUUCUCUCAAAUCAUCAACUACAAGGUCAUUGGAGAAUCGCCGCAGACCUCAUCGAUGCAGACCAGACCAGAUCGCGACAGGGAGCGAUCAGAUUACUUUCUAACUGCACAGUUCCUCGUUGAGUUGCGUUUUGCUGUGAUCAAGCCUGUGGAGAAGAUUUGGAACUCGAAUCUCAUCGACAAGGCCACGAGUUCCAUUGUCAAGACAUCGGUCAACAUCCUCAAGUCUGUUCUUGAAUGCGAUGGCGAGCACGGAGCUUACAAGAGCAUCGACAAGAUCCCAAAGCGCAGUAAGCCCAUAAUCAAGCCAUGGUCUGCCCGAAAUGGAGAACACUUGAUGCGUUUGAAAGACAAUGGCUAUGAGGAAAGCCUUGCUGAGGAGGCACUAUAUCGCUGCUGUGAUAACUACAACAUGGCUAACGAAUAUUGCCGGAAUCAAGGGCGUCUCAGCGUCUCGAGAAACCCGAUACCGCAGUAUGAGAUUCAAGCACGAGGCCCACCAUCUUCAUCUCCUAGCCGGGCUGAAGUUGUGGUGCCAGAACAUACUGAUGAUGCUAGCAUGACAUCGAGCGAGAUCACCCGCGACGAGGACGAGCCCCAAGAGCCAGAGACACAGUCGGUUCAAAUGGAAGAUGCGGAUACUUCGGCUGCUACAGAAUCUGAAGCCCCUACAUCUGCUACACCUAAGCGCAUGGCCAUUGGAAAUUUGACAGAACCUGUGGCCCUAGACCAGCUCGACGAGCAGAGAUCUAAACUUCGCCAGAAUCUCGUUGACCGAUCUCUCGAUGUACUCAACUCACAUGAGGAUGUCACAUUCGAGCUUGCAGACCUCAUCUCUGCCGCCGUUCUCAAAGCGCCAGAGCCAGAAUCAAUGCGUACGGAGAUCGGUACUACGUUGGUCCAGUCUCUUAUAUCACUACAGAGCGAAGACGACUUCCGUACGCAGAGCAAGAAGAUCGCAGCUUCAGCUCAUCUACUGGCUCUAGUCCUCCAAGAGAAGGACUUUUACGAUGUUGUUGUCGGAGAGCUCAAAGACAACUUCACUACACUAUUGGGCUUCCUCAAGAUCUUCCCUGAUCAGUCCGCCGAAGACUCUUCGCCUUGGAUUGGACAAGUUUUGCUCAUCAUCGAGCGAUUGCUAGCCGAGGACCAACUUCCACGUCAGAUCACAUGGACUCCGCCCACAGAGGAAACCCAGGAGUCAACAUCUGUCGAUGAGCUACCAGAGCCAAUCGUGACAGUUGAAGAGAAGGACCAACUGUUCGGCGCCAUAAUCGAGAUGCUGCCUCGAAUCGGCAAAGAUGAAUCACUAGCUCUAUCAGUCACGCGAGUAUUGGCUAUGCUCACACGCACACGCAAGAUUGCCACACGCCUUGCGGAGAAGCGAAACGUCCAACGACUAUUCCUCAUGGUCAAGCAGCUGGCGGGUAUCUCUAAUGAGGGCCUGCGUAGCGCUUUUAUGAUUGUCUUACGCCACAUGAUUGAGGACGACGAGAUGAUUCGUCAAAUCAUGCGUACUGAGAUUCAGCAAAUGUUCGAGUCGCGUGAUCGUAGGCAGACGGACACGACUGGAUAUACGCGUCAAAUGUAUGCACUGGCCAUUCGCGCACCCGAAAUCUUUGUUGAAGUCACAAACGAGAAGCUCCAAUUAGCCCGCUUCGAUCCGAACCAGCGACCGCAGACCCUUGUUUUGAAGAAGGUCGAAACAACUUCAACGGAGCCAGCAAAUACUGCAGAAACAUCUGAUGUCGUUGCUGAGGCAGACAAACCCAAGGAAUCUAGUGAGGCGCCCAAGCAGCCAUUCCUCGAGCGCACAAAGACCUCCGAUUUGAAGGUACCGGUUGUUGAGAAUCCCGAUGGCGUCAUACACUACCUUCUGUGUGAGCUAUUGGCCUACAAGGAGGCUGAAGACAAGCCUGAGCCUCCUAAGCCUACAGAGACAGCAUCUGGAGAGCCAGGCACAACUGAAUCGAGCUCAGAUGCAGCGGCUGCAUCUACUACAGCAUCCACGGAGCCUGCCAAAACCGAGAAACCUGUGUUCAAGGCCGACUCGCACCCAAUCUACAUUUAUCGCUGCUUCAUCUUGAAGUGUCUCGCUGAGCUUCUCCAGAGUUACAACCGCACGAAGAUUGAGUUCAUCAAUUUCUCCAGAAAGGCUGACCCUUACACUGUAACGCCUUCGAAGCCGCGCUCUGGUGUGCUCAAUUACCUUCUCAACAAUCUAGUUCCAAUCGGUACUCUGAAUCACGAGGGGGAUCUCUCUUUUAAGAAGAAACUGGCGACAUCUAAUUGCGCGAUCGAUGUUAUCGUCUCAUUGUGCAACAAGACAGGAGAGCACACUCUACCCAAGACUGACGUGCCAUUGUCCCCAUACGCAGAGACUGAGCCGGACCUACUCUUUGUACGCAAAUUCGUGCUUGAGCAUGCUUUGAAGGCUUUCAAAGACGCGAACGCCUCUGAUGAGCCAUUGGACAUGAAGUACUCGAGGCUGCUCAGCAUCGCCGACAUAUUUUCUAGGAUGGUGUCACAGCGUCCGAAUGGCGAGAUGCUUACCCAAAACGCAGAUCUGACGCCAAAUCUCAAACAAAUGGGCAAGAUCAUGUAUGAGAAAAACUUCAUCACCAUUCUCACUACAGCGAUCUCAGACAUUGAUCUCAACUUCCCCAAUGCUAAACGUGUAGUCAAGUAUAUCCUCAAGCCCUUGAGAUGGCUAUGCUAUGUCGCUAUGGAUCUGAGUAUGCACUACGACACUUCAUCAACACCGGAUUCUGGCGACGAGUACGAAAUUUCGACCGCCUCGGACGACGAUCUUGUCGAGAACAUACGUGAGGAGACGCCCGAUCUUUUCCGCAACUCGACGUUGGGCAUGUUCGAACCGCCCCAUGAGUCUGAAUCUGACGAAGACUCCGAGGACGAUGAAGGCGAAGAGAUGAUGUAUGAUGACCCUUAUGCGGAUGACAUGGAGUACGACGAGGCCGAGAUUGGUGACGAUGAUGUCGUCUCCGAGGACGAUGAAGAGAUUCUAGAGAUGGAAAUUGAUGGCAUGGGACCAAUCGAAGGCCUUCCUGGUGAUGUCGAUGAUGACUCGGAAGAAGACGACGAAGAUGACGAAGAUGACAUGGACGAUAUGGACGACAUGGACGAUGAGGGCGACGAUGAUAUGGAGGAUAUGGAAGAUGCACUGGAAGAAAUCACUGCCGAUGAUGAGAAUGCCAGCCUGGCUGAAGAUCAGGAAGAUGAGUGGAGUGAUGAGCAGGAUGACUUUCCUGGUGGUGUCAAUGGCGAGGCUGGUAUGCCUCCAGGGAUUGGAUUCGUUAUCGAUCCUCCUCAGCAGCUUUUGGAGCAAAUGCGCCAGCAAGGCGGUGGCGAUAUUGAAGACUUUUUGGAUGAUGAGAUGGGAGAAGAAGAUAUAGAUGACGAAGAAGAAGAGUAUGAUGAAGACAUUCAUUACGAUCCUGGCGCAGAGGAUGAUGAGGAAGGCUUACCAGAACUGGGUUGGGGUGGCGGUUGGGAAGACCCAGCACCCGCUGCUGUCCGCCAUACGCACCGUCUUAGCCCAUGGAUGUUCCCCGCUGGUCCGGGUGAUCGCAUCCUCGUACCAGCGUAUCGAUCGCAUCGACCAGGAGCCGGUCCUCGAGCUACCGAUGACGGCAUCAAUCCUUUGCUUCAACGAGGCGGCCGCUCCACCGGACGUGACGGCCUUCCGCGCAAUGAGGGCAACAGCGACUGGGUACAUGCUAUCGAGAGCCGCGGUCCUCGUAUCUUCAACCAAACUGACAGCCCCGUCUCCUUCAUCAGCAAUCUAUUGAACGCAAUGAGCUCUGGUCGUGGUGGCCCUACAUUGCUUCAUCAUGGAGGUGCACUGCAUGUGUCAUUGGGCAAUUCCAUGGGCAUGCAGACUUUUGACAGCAGCAUGCGUCGCGAUAUUGCUCGUAUGCGAGAAACAUACAACUCACGCUCAGCCCGUGAAGAUCCUCAUUCAGCUGUAGCAUUUGUCAAGGCGUACACAAGCCAACGUUGGCAAGAGGAAGCUCGCAUUCUCUAUGGGCCUGCUGCCAUCGAGAAGAGCCAGCGUGUUAUCAAUUCCAUCCUCAAAGUCAUGGUUCCGCCUGCGAUUGAAGCGGCUAAGAAGCGCCAGGAGGAGCGCGAGGCUGAAGUUGCUCGUAAGCUGAAGGAAGAGCAGGAAAAGAAGGAGCAGAAGGAGCGCGAGGAACGUGAGAAGCGUGAGGCGCAAGAAAAAGAGGACCGCGAGCGGCGAGAACGCGAAGCUGCAGAGGCUGCGAGCCGUGCUCAAGAUCAGACAUCAGAAGGCGAACCAAAGAACGAAGCAGGAACUACCUCUGGAGAACAGGCAAUGGAAGGCGUCCAGGCUGCUCAGACCUCCGGUGAAUCAGCGACUGUCGAGUCAGUCCCUGCAGCACCUGCUGGACCACCUGCACCAAGGGUAAUGACAACCAUCAGAGGCCACGAGUACGAUAUCACCGAUCUCGGAAUUGACACUGAGUACCUCGAGGCUCUGCCAGAGGAGCUGCGAGAAGAGGUCUUGAUGCAACAGUCUGGUGAUCUCCCUACAGACAUCAACGAGGAGUUCUUAGCAGCUCUGCCAGAGGAGAUCCGCGAGGAACUGCUUGCACAAGAGGCCCAAGAACGUCGACGACGUGAGCGUGAAGAAAACCGGCGCCGCAACCAAAGCAGUGCUGUCGCUCCUCAGGCGGAGGAGAUGGACACUGCAAGCUUCUUCGCAUCUUUGGACCCUAACCUACGCGCUGCUGUUCUCAUGGACACUGAUGAGGACACUUUGAGACAACUUCCACCAGAGCUUUCUGCGGAAGCCCGAGCAAUGGGAGGUGAUCGCCGUCUCCAUCAGUUCAAUGAAUUUGGUUACAGGCGUGGCGACCGCCGCGGUCAACCGGAAGAUCCAAAUCAAAAGAAGAAGGCCCGUCCUUGCGUACAAAUGCUCGACAAAGCCGGCGUCGCAACCCUUCUGCGACUCAUGUUCAUCCCUCAGCAAGGUAGCGCCAAGGCCAGCCUUAGCUCGAUUCUUUGCUAUGUCUGCGAGAACCGCCAGAACCGUGCAGAAGUCAUCAGCAUUUUGCUGUCGAUCCUUCAGGAUGGCAGCGCCGAUGUCAACGCGGUUGAACGCAGCUUUGCUCAGCUUUCGAUACGAGCAAAGCAGCCUCAACAACCUGCGGAAAAGACACCGAAGCUCUCUCGCAAGAAUGGCGCUUUAUCCAUCAAUGCCGACGUCUCUCCACUCAUGGUCGUUCAGCAGUGCCUCAACACCCUCACUCAGCUGACCGAGAAGAAUCCUGCUGUCUGGUCUUUCUUCUUGACUGAACACGAGACUGGUGUUGGCUUCAAGAACCGCGCCAAUCGCAAGGGCAAGGCGAAAGAGAGCAAAGCAAACAAAUACCCUGUCAAUGCGCUGCUUACUCUGUUGGAUCGUAAGCUCAUUGUUGAGAGUUCUUCCAUCAUGGAGCAAUUGACCACGCUACUCAAGGUCAUCACGGCUCCAUUGCAAGCCCUUAAGAAAGAGAAAGAGAAGGCUGCUGAAGAAGCGAAGAAAGCCAGCGAGAGUUCUGCAGAAGGCCAAAACGCCGAGAACCAGUCAACCGAAGCUACAUCUACGGGCGCUGCUCAAGGCCAAGAUACUGAGAUGACAGCUGCACCCGACUCUGGAGCUACUGAGGAAGGCGCUUCCAAACCUGAUCGAUCGAAGGCUGAAGAUGACAAGACUAAGAAGCACAGAUCAUUGACACCACCGGAUGUGCCAGAAGCCAACCUUCGACUCGUAGCCAAGAUCCUUGCGGCUCGAGAAUGCAAUAGUAAGGUGUUCCAGGAGACUCUGUCAGUCAUCAGCAACCUCUCGCCUAUUCCAGGGGCAAAGGAAAUAUUUGGUCAAGAACUGCUUGGUAUCGCAAAAGAUCUAGCUAGCUCAACGCUCCGGGAUCUUGAUAGCCUGACAGUUCAGAUUUCAAAGGCAAGCUCGUCUACUGACGUCCAAGGCAUCGCUCUUGCAAAGUUCUCUCCUGCAAGCUCCGACCAGACGAAGCUGCUCAGAGCCUUGACCGCACUUGAUUACCUCUUCGAUCCUUCCCGCGAUAGCAAGGACAAGCCUGAAGCUGCCGCAGAGGCGCUGGAGCCAGCUCAAAAAGAAGAUAUCCUCUUGACGCUAUACGAGGAUGCUGCGUUUGCACCUCUCUGGGAGAAGCUCAGCGAGUGCCUUACCGUCAUCCGUCAACGCGGCAACAUGCUCAACAUUGCCACCACUCUCCUCCCCCUCAUCGAAUCUCUCAUGGUUGUAUGCAAAAACACCACUUUGAAGGAGGCUCCACUGUCUAAGAUGCUUGCGAAGGAGUUUGCGCUGUCCAGCCCGCCGCCUGAGAACAAGAUGGAGAAUCUGUUCUUCAACUUUACAGAGGAACAUCGCAAGAUAUUGAAUGAUCUUGUCCGGCAAAACCCUAAGCUGAUGAGCGGUACUUUCUCCUUGCUUGUGAAGAACUCCAAGGUUCUGGAAUUUGACAAUAAGCGCAACUACUUCAAUCGGAAACUUCACUCACGUGGUGGCGAUCGACAAGCACAUCCGCCAUUGCAACUCUCUGUUCGCCGAGACCAAGUCUUCUUGGAUUCUUUCAAGUCGCUCUACUUCAAAUCGGCAGAUGAAAUGAAGUACGGAAAGCUCAGCAUUCGCUUCCACGGUGAAGAAGGUGUCGAUGCUGGUGGUGUUACUCGCGAGUGGUUCCAGUCAAUCUCUCGCCAGAUGUUCAACCCCGAUUACGCCCUCUUCGUACCUGUUGCAUCUGACCGCACCACUUUCCACCCGAACCGAUUGAGCUCCAUAAAUCCUGAGCAUUUGAUGUUCUUCAAGUUUAUUGGUCGUAUCAUUGGCAAAGCGCUUUAUGAAGGCCGUGUCCUGGACUGCCAUUUCAGCCGCGCUGUCUACAAGCAAAUCAUGGGCAAGCAAGUCAGCCUCAAGGACAUGGAGACGCUCGAUCUUGAGUAUUACAAGUCACUUGAGUGGAUGAUCCAUAACGAAAUUACGGACAUCAUUACGGAAACCUUCUCAGUGGAAGUGGAAGCUUUUGGCGAAAUGCAAACAGUCGACCUUAUCGAGAAUGGCCGCAACAUCCCAGUGACCGAGGACAACAAGCACGAAUAUGUUCGCCUUAUUACUGAACAUCGCCUCCUCGGCGCCGUUCAAGAACAACUGGAUCACUUCUUGAAGGGCUUCCAUGAUAUCGUUCCUGCGGAGCUUGUCUCAAUCUUCAGCGAACAAGAACUCGAACUUCUCAUCUCUGGUCUGCCUGAUAUCAAUGUCGAUGACUGGAAGAACAAUACCGAAUACCACAACUACACUGCUGCAUCACCACAAAUCCAAUGGUUCUGGCGGGCAGUCCGAACAUUCGAGAAAGAAGAGCAAGCUAAGUUGCUUCAAUUCGUCACUGGUACGAGCAAAGUGCCCUUGAAUGGAUUUAAAGAACUUGAGGGUAUGAAUGGCUUCUCCAAGUUCAACAUCCACCGUGACUAUGGCAGCAAAGAUCGUCUACCAUCUAGUCAUACUUGCUUCAAUCAACUGGAUCUGCCCGAGUAUGAGACAUAUGAGGAUCUUAGGAAAGCCCUCUACACCGCCAUGACUGCUGGUGGUGAAUACUUUGGUUUCGCCUAGACGACCAGAUUGCAUGGUUGGCUCAAACAGCAGUUCAUUCACGAUAGUACUUUUCGAAUACAUUGUUACAACGGGUUGCAUUGCAGGCGCAGCAAGGUGUGUAUGGGAUAUACCUAGGGUAGGGCCAAGGAAGGCGCAUGAGCAUUGGUGAGAGAAGGUCGAUCAGCAUAAUUUCACUUCUGUAUGAGUAGAGAAAUUGAAGGGACCCGCGCUGAUAAGGAGCGAAUGAAGAUUGCCUGAAAGAAGGGUUCGACUGAAGGGAGAUUGGGAGUGCAGGCCCAGUCUUUCUGACGUAGAACUAACUUUAACUGGGCUGAAAGAGAGUUUCGUCUCAUCUUUUGUUUUUGAUACCAUAGUUUGGUAGUAAAUAGAUAGUUCAAGUGGCUUUUUCUUCAACCUAACUUC